AUGGACUUGGAUCUGGAAUUGAACAGGAGUCGUAUUCGACCCGAGUUGAUCCCAAGCUCUGUCAGCGAUCCUACUGUUGUUAUAGCUGAUUGGUUUCCAUACGCUAAAAACCCAUUGAUAACGCCGGAGCAGCUGAUAUCCCCACUCGUUGACAGAUUAUUGAGCGAGAGGGAAGUCGGAAUAGAUGUUAAAAAGCUUGAUAGGUCAUAA